UCAUAAGGAAAUUUUAAAAAAAGAAGCCAAAACUAGGCGGGAUUUCAGGUGAAUUCCCUUCCAUUUCCCUCCCGAAUGACUCAUUCCCCCGAAAUCCAAACGGAGGCCUUAAACUGUACUCUCACACUCACAAAUCACAAUCACUCUCUGCCCUACCGAUUGCUUCCUUCCGUUAUAUCGCCACUGCGCCACCGUUGACCACCGCCUGAUGGCUCGGCCACCAAUGGACCAUAGGAGGAGGAGAAUGAUGGAUCAAAGGAAGAAGAUUGUAGCAGUGUCGAUUUUUCACUUGCAUAUGUUGCAGAUAACGUCGAUGAUGAUGAUGAUGUUUUUGUGUGCAAUGGUGAUAGUUUAUAGGCAGAGGAGGGUUAGAAGAAGAAAAAGAAUAGGUUGGGGAGACAAAGUGUUUGAGAGAAUUAAUGAAAGAGCUGUUAAGAUGAAUAGAAUGGUUUGGAUUGAUGAUGCGGCCGCUAUAAACAAUGUACGUAUGGAUAGGCGCGCGUUUAGGAAGCUUUGUGACAUGAUUUCUACACACGGGAAGUUAAGGGAGUUGUCAAAUGUAGGAAUCGAUGAGAUGGUAGCGUCUUUCCUAAAUGUACUUGCACAUGAUGAGAAUGAUGGAGUUGUAGGACGACAAUUAGAUUCGUGCAGUGAUAGUAGUAGUAGUGGUAGUAAUAGUGGUGUUAUGCACUUCAAUGCUGUGUUGUGUGCUGUACUUCGUCUUCAUGACAUCCUUUAUAAGAAACCGGAGCCUAUACGAGAGAAUUGUAGUGAUGAGAAUUGGAAGUGGUUUAAGAAUUGCCUAGGUGCAUUAGAUAGGGCCUACAUUCAGGUGACUGUACCAGUUGAAGAUUGGCCUAGGUAUCGAACUAGGAGCAAUGAAAUAGCCACCACUGUGCUAGGAGUAUGUUCACAUGAUAUGCAGUUUAUUUAUGUGUUAGCUGGUUGGGAGGGUUCAGCUGCAGAUUAUAGAGUUUUGAGAAAUGCUAUUUCUAGAAAAAAUGGACUGAAAGUCCCUAAAGGUUACUACUACUUGUGCAAUGCUUAUUACAACAAUUGUGAGGGAUUCCUUGCGCCUUAUAGAGGACAGCAGUACAAUUCAAAUUAUUGGAGGCAAGACCGCCAACCGACUACCCCUCAAGAGUUUUUUAAUAUGAAGCAUUCUUCUGCUAGGAAUGUAAUUGAGAGAGCCUUUGAUCUACUCAAAGGAAGAUGGAGAAUACUUGGGAGUAGAUCCAGUUAUGCAAUUGAGAUUCAAGUUAGGAUCAUAUUAGCUUGCUCUUUACUACAUAACCAUAUCAUAAGGGAGAUGCCAGUGGACUCCCAAGAGAGCAUCCCCUUUUCUAACGUCUCAGAGGGUCAAGAGUUAGAAGGUGAUCAUAUAACAGAUUUGGAGUCAUCAGAUGCAUGGAAUGAAUGGAGAGAUAACUUAGCAAGGGAGACGUUUGACCAUUGGAGAGCCCCUAGGCAUGAAAGUUGAAAAGGUCUUAUUUCUUUUCUGUUUCAUUUUAUUAUACUUUGCCCUCAUGUAAAUUUGGCAAAUUCUAAUUCAGUUUGCACUUUUACAAUUUUGUUGCUGGGAUGGUUCUUAUUUUGUAAUAUGGUAUGGAUUGGUUUU